CAAGGGCGCAUUCGUUAUUCACAGACUAGGUGUUCAUUGUGGAGGACGUGUAUAACAAUUAUACGUUGACAAAAAUGGAAAAUAAUUGAGGGAAUACUUGUAGACAACCAUGAAUUAGCGUACCAGCCGGCAUUGAUUCAUAGCUCGGUUGAGGUGGAAUUGAAGGAAUAGGUUGUUUGUAUAACUGACGCACUGAUAGUGGGCAGAGUGUCGUUGAGAAACAUCGCUAUGCCUGGGGAACAGCUGACCUGUGUAUGGCAAACUGCUUUUGCAAAGGGUCUUCAUAACAACAGUGGAGACAUACCAAAGCAUGCCGUCAAAGAACUCGUUUUAGCCUUAGCAAAUCUGGGAUCAGUUCAUUAUUCCGACAGAACAUUCCAAAAAGUUUUUGAAAGUUCGGAUGUCGUCAAUUUCACAUCUUUCAAGCGAUACGUUGAAAGUCAUCUAAGGGAUAAGGAAUAUCCACUGCACAUUGUUUAUGAUGAAAUAGAAAGAAAAUGUUGGGAUCUUUGCCAGCCAUACUACAAAACUACUCUAAAUAAAGAAGUAAUUCGAAAACUUUGGAUGAUAUCAAACCGUCUGAUAGACGAAAAUUCGUACCCACCAGUCAUCGGUCAGCGAGAGGGGAACUGGUUCAUGGAAAAAUUGUUCACAACAAUUGGUAAGAUGUGGAAAUGCUGCGAACUCUUCGAUACCGAGGGAGCUUCCUUUCAAUAUCUCGUUAAUAUGAUCGAAGAAAGGGUUCUGCAUGAGACAUCCCAGGACAAAAUGCAGAAGAGCAUGACUACUCUGUACACUAGUAUUGUCACAGAAGUAAUGAAGUCCGGGUGGGCAUACAAACGCUCCAGAAAGAAUGCCAACUGGACCAACUGGGUUCACAGAUGGUGCAUCCUUACACCAAAUAAAAUUAUUUACUGCAAGGAAGAAAGUUCUUCGCCAAAGUCAAGUCAAACGAAAGGAACCCUGUUGAUAAGAGAGAACACAAAAGUACUCGCUCUGGAAGAUUACAAUAGUCUGUUUCGCAAACUGAAAGGACGAUUCAUUGUAUCAAAUGAACCUGAAAUUGAUUUGGAAAUUGCUGUUGGUAGUGCUGAAGAAAGAUUGGCAUGGUUGUCGGCCCUUGAAGAUGCCGUUUUGUGUUGCAGAGAAAAAACGACACCUAUGCAACGGUUAUUAAAUGAGCGACGGAGUCUUGACAAGAAACACGAGCAUGUUCAGAUCCAGAAAGGUGAAAAUAGCCCAUCUACAGCCCCCAAAGUGAUAAUUUCAGACGAAAAGGGGAAACAGGUUCGCACCGGUGACGACGAAGAGAAACAGGAAACGGUGAAGGCAGAAAAUUUUAUUAAAGCAAGCACGGAGAAAAUAAAAGCUGUUUUUAUGAAGAUGGACAAAGACGGAAAUGGAUUGAUAGACAGAGAAGAGUUUGCUGCAUUUCUUCAAAGUAUUGGCCUUCAAAUGUCAGAACAAGAAACAAAUAUGGUUUAUAAAAGUGUCGACAAAGACAACAAUGGAUAUAUAUCGUUCGACGAGUUCCAGUUAUAUUUUUCCAAACACAUCAUGGGUGAAGCCAGCUCUGCAGAGUGCGUCAACGCCAUGAGAAGGGCUUUCAUGGAGGCAGAUAGAGAUGGCUCUGGAACUCUAAGUUUCCGGGAAUUCACAGAGUACAUAUGGGACAAAAAAAGAUCAAUCAGAGUGACGAAACUAAUUACGAUGUUUUCCGAAGCAACCAAAUCAAAUUCAGAUGAAAUCUCAUUCACGGAAUUUCAGCAGCUCCUACAAAAUGGAGCAUCUGACCUUUUGAUGCCGGUCAUAGGAGAAGCUAUAAAGAAAGAUGAAACAUCCGAUGUUUUCCGAGAUCAUCUAAAACAAGCCUAUGACGAUGCAGAAGCUGGGGAAUUAGCUUCUUACAUUCGAGAGAGAUGGAACAAUUAUGCAACGUUUCGCCGUGCAGCAGCAACCGGUACUGUGGUCAUGACAGGUGGCCAUGGAAUGGUGGCUGAUAUCCUUCCAGGGCAAUACAAUCUAGUCGAUCUUGCAUGUUUCAGCGACCUUCCACCGCUGAUUCCAACGCAUACCGUUAUAAAAGGAGUGAAAUGGGUUUCUAGCUCAGUUCCUGGAAAGUCUGGAAAAGCAAUUUUUCCUAAGGAUUUUGAUGGAAAGAUUGUCACGGAUACUGCGACAAAUGAACUUAUCCGGUACUAUGGCUGUAGUUUCGCUGAUAAACAACAGGAAAAAGUUUCCCUACUAUAUCGACAUGGUAUCCAGGAUUUCACAUACGAAAACGGAUAUUUGGAGAAGUACGUAGCAGCUACAAAUGGUGGCGCAGGGAUAGAAAAACACGACUUUUCACAUCUGGAUUGUCCCUUGGUCGCAAAUUCAGGAACAUUCAUACUUGCAAAGUUCACGGAUGACGAUGAGAUGCAUAUCACUGGAUUCAAAAUCCCAGUUAGGCACACUCUAUAUAUACCAGGUGGAACUAUCCACUCCAACGAUUAUUUGUCAGGAACGUGGAGGACGAUGUUGUCCGACGAAACGGAUAUUGAUCACGUGCAUCUUACGAGAGCCCUAAGCAACGAGACUGACGGGAAAUACGAGCCGUUCCAGUUUCAAUUCGUUUGAAAAUAAACAAAGUGUCCUGAUUAUCAUAACAUUUUAUACAGAAGUAUUGGAAUGGCAGGACGUUACGUUUCGCUUUCUAAUAAAACAUAUUCGUGUAUCCAUAGAUCUACUGGUAAACAUGUUACGCCUUUUCAUGUCAUAUGUAGUAUACUAUUAUUUAGAUGACUUGAGAAAAGGUUAUUUAAUAUAACACACUUAUUUUGAAUUGAUGUGUACGAAUCUUAAUUUGUGUUUUGGAAGUUGUUUUUCGAUGCGUUCCUGUUUUGUCGAUGUAUUGAACGUCGUAGUUGAGUCAUGUGUUUAUGCUGUAAUGUUUAUCCAAUAUAAUCGUACAUAUACGUGCAUGUUGUUAAAAUAUCCAAUAUACCCAUACAUGUUCGUACGUGUAUGUUGUAAUGUUUAUCUAAUAAGCUCGGAUAUGUACGUGUACAUAUACUCGUACAUGUACGUGUAUGUUGUAAUGUUUGCCCAACAUACUCCUAAAUGUACGUGUAUGUUGUAACGUUUGCCCCACAUACUCCUAAAUGUACGUAUAUGUUGUAACGUUUGCCCCACAUACUCCUAAAUGCACGUGUAUGUUGCAACGUUUGCCCCACAUACUCCUAAAUGCACGUGUAUGUUGCAACGUUUGCCCCACAUACUCCUAAAUGCACGUAUAUGUUGUAACGUUUGCCCCACAUACUCCUAAAUGUACGUGUAUGUUGCAACGUUUGCCCCACAUACUCCUAAAUGCACGUAUAUGUUGUAACGUUUGCCCCACAUACUCCUAAAUGCACGUGUAUGUUGCAACGUUUGCCCCACAUACUCCUAAAUGCACGUAUAUGUUGUAACGUUUGCCCCACAUAUUCCUAAAUGUACGUUUUUGCUGUAACGUUUGCCCCACAUACUCCUAAAUGCACGUAUAUGUUGUAACGUUUGCCCCACAUACUCCUAAAUGCACGUAUAUGUUGUAACGUUUGCCCCACAUACUCCUAAAUGCACGUGUAUGUUGUAACGUUUGCCCCACAUACUCCUAAAUGCACGUAUAUGUUGUAACGUUUGCCCCACAUACUCCUAAAUGCACGUGUAUGUUGUAACGUUUGCCCAACAUACUCCUAAAUGCACGUGUAUGUUGUAACGUUUGCCCAACAUACUCCUAAAUGCACGUGUAUGUUGUAACGUUUGCCCAACAUACUCCUAAAUGCACGUGUAUGUUGCAACGUUUGCCCCACAUACUCCUAAAUGCACGUGUAUGUUGCAACGUUUGCCCCACAUACUCCUAAAUGCACGUGUAUGCUGCAACGUUUGCCCCCAAAUACACCUAAAUGCACGUAUAUGUUGCAACGUUUGCCCCACAUACUCCUAAAUGCACGUAUAUGUUGCAACGUUUGCCCCACAUACUCCUAAAUGUACGUAUAUGUUGCAACGUUUGCCCCACAUACUCCUAAAUGUACGUAUAUGUUGUAACGUUUGCCCCACAUACUCCUAAAUGUACAUAUAUGUUGUAACGUUUGCCCCACAUACUCCUAAAUGUACGUAUAUGUUGUAACGUUUGCCCCACAUACUCCUAAUUGUACGUGUAUGUUGUAACGUUUGCCCCACAUACUCCUAAAUGCACGUGAAUGUUGUAACGUUUGCCCCACAUACUCCUAAAUGCACGUAUAUGUUGCAACGUUUGCCCCACAUACUCCUAAAUGCACGUAUAUGUUGUAACGUUUGCCCCACAUACUCCUAAUUGUACGUGUAUGUUGUAACGUUUACCCCACAUACUCCUAAAUGCACGUGAAUGUUGUAACGUUUGCCCCACAUACUCCUAAAUGCACGUGAAUGUUGUAACGUUUGCCCCACAUACUCCUAAAUGCACGUAUAUGUUGCAACGUUUGCCCCACAUACUCCUAAAUGUACGUAUAUGUUGUAACGUUUGCCCCACAUGCUCCUAAAUGCACGUAUAUGUUGUAACGUUUGUCCCACAUACUCCUAAUUGUACGUGUAUGUUGUAACGUUUGCCCCACAUACUCCUAAAUGUACGUGUAUGUUGUAACGUAUAUCCCAUUUACUUGUAAAUGUAUUAGUAUGUAGUAAUGUUUAUUCAAUAAACUCAUACAUGUU